AUGCUAAAAUCAGAGUUAGAUGUGCCCGAGAAAGCAAUAUACAAACGAAUGACUGAAAAAAUUCCGAUAGACUUGGCAGGAGAUGAGCUUUUCACAAGCGUCAAAAAUGAGUAUGACGAAUACACCAUAGAAGAAGAAUGUGCCGACGUCAAUAUUGGCAGCAUCAAGAAAAAUAUGAACUUAUUUGCUAACGAAUAUAAAGAAUUCACCACGGAUAAUUUUAAAGGCAUCAGGAAUAAAAAGGAGUCUAAAGGAAUAUUCUACUCGUUCGGUCAAGGAGAGGAUUACGAUAACCAUGAUGGGAUGUAUGACAGGAAGGACAGUGACCAUCAGGAUCGUGACCAUGAGGAUGAUAACAAUGAGAAUGAAGACGACAAAUGUUAUCAGAGAAGGAGUUAUUACCCUUCUGAAACACACGCCAUUGAAGGAAGGCAAAAAUUUGCGUACUACCACCACGAGGAACAGUCCCAGACCUAUUAA